UGAUGAUGAUGGUGAGUGUCUCUCCUGGUCGUCCAUCGGUUGGUUUUUCUGAUCUCCUGACUCCGUCUCUGAAUCCUCUCAGAUUCCCUGCAAACACGUCUUCUGCUACGACUGCGCUCUGCUGCAUGAGAAGAAAGGAGAGAAGAUGUGCCCAGGGAUGAACCUGUUUAAAUGCACGGAGCCGGUCCAGCGCAUCGAGCAGUGCCAGCGAGGCUACCUGUUCAUGUGCAGCGUGGUGCCGGGCUGUAAGCGCACCUACCUGUCUGGGCGGGACCUCCAGGCCCACGUCAACCACCGCCACCUGAGGACGCCUAAGACGGCGUCCCGCCAGGAGCCCGUUCAUUUGGCCCCGGCGCCCGAAGUGCCGGAAAGGUUCCGCGUCCCUCCGCCUCACAUACCCAAAAGCCACGUUCACCUCCCCGGGCCGCUCCAGCACGGCGGCCACGACCCGUACAGCCAGCCGCCGCCGCCCAACCCCCACGAAGGCCCGCCCCCUCCGUCGCCCAUGGGGCCUGAGACCUACCGCAUCUCCACGGUAACCACUCGUAAACACAGCAAUCUCAUCACCGUGCCGAUCCACGACGACUCCGCGUCUCGGGAGCCGCUGUCUGCGGGGCCCGGCCCCGGCCAGCCCCCCCACCACCACCCUGGGGACUACGCCGCCCAGCCCCCCGUGGUUUCUCACGCUCACCACAUGAUGGCGCCGCCGCAGCAUAACUUUGGACCUCCUCCUCCCCCCCCUCCCCCCAUCAGUCACCCUAUGCAGCACCCAGCCCAG